GAGCGAAGGGGCGGGGUUUGGUUCCGCGUGGCGCCAGUGUUGCCGCUGCCUCAUGGAGGUGGCUACGCAGCUCGAGACGCUGACGUUUGACCACGCGCCGCCGCCAGGCCCGGGGCCCGACUCCGAGCCCACCGCGCAGCCGGGCCAAGCCCCGCCGUGCGCAGGCGCCGAGGCCCCGGCGGGGGACAGCGGCCAGCCCUGCUUCACCUCCGACUCCUCCUUGGACUCGGACUCCUCGGACUCGGACAGUGAUACAGAUACAGAAAGUUCAUCUUCUGUAUUGUCCUCUUCUUCAUGCCCUCUAAUCAUAUCUGAUGAUGACAGUCAGAAAAAUGGAAAGGAUAACAAGCCAAGCAGUGUUGAAAUAAAAGAUGAAUUACCUGUUGAAGAACUGCCUCUUGGUGAAGAUUUGGUAAUAAUUCUGCCUGAGGAUAUUGAAUUAAAGCCCUUUGGGAGAAUUUCAAGCAUUAUUGAUCAAUUAGUAGUAAUUGAGUCACUGAAAGGCCUACCUCCGGUAAAUGAAGAAAGCAUUAUUUUUAAGGAAGAUAGGCAUGCAGCAGGAAAGAUAUUUGAGAUAUUUGGUCCUGUUUCACGUCCCUUCUAUGUGUUAAGGUUUAACAGCCCUGAGCAUAUUAAGAAGAAGGGCAUUAAUCUGAAAGACGCUGUGUAUUUUGCUCCAUCAGUGGAGGAUUUCACCCAGUAUAUAUUUGCAGAGAAACUACAACAGGAAAAAGGAUCUGAUGCUUCAUGGUUGCAUGACCAAGAGCCACCACCUGAGGCCUUAGAUUUCAGUGAUGAUGAAAAAGAGAGAGAAGCAAAACAGAAGAAAAAGAAACCUCAGAAUCAAGGAAGAAAGAAGUCCAGAUCUGAUAUGAAUGAAUCAAGUGAGAAAAAUGGAGUUCAGUGUCCUCCUGCGGAGCAGCCUACCUCAAGUUAUUCAAGAUUAUAUUGUGGCAGAGAAUUCUCACGAGGGAGAGGUCCUCGUUUGUUUCAUCCUCCACACUUCUUGAGACCACAACUGAGACCUCCACAAGUGAGACCCCCACAGCUGUAUUCUCCAGAUCACAGGAUGCAUCAGAAAUCUGCCGUGUGUCCCCAGGCAACUGCACAAGACAUGAUUCAGCACUAUCCCUUUCUUCUUCCGCCUCCUCCUCCUCCUAGUACUUCUACCCCUACUCCUACCGCUACUCCUCCACCAGUGUUUGGACCUGUUCACAAUGGAAUUUGUCCCUUUCCACCUCCACCCCCACCCCCACCUGGGACUACUGAUAUGGUCUGGACAGGAAUGCCAAUGAAUUUUAAUAUGUAUGGUCUCCCUUUCCCA